AGUCCUGUGUAAUGUUCCAAACUCCAAAAGACUCACAAGAAAAAUAACCUCUGGAAGCUGUCAGUUCUUACUCUUCACCAGAGCCUCAAGAAAUCAAGUCUGAGAGAGAAAAUCUUCUACCAAGAAACGAAGAGGCUACAAUAAGCAGCACUCGCAGGUGUCUUAUAAACAAAGUCAAGUUUUUGUCAAGAACUGUCCUCCGACACUGACAUGAUGUCCCACCACGCCUUGGCCAGCCUGUUCGGCGAUGACCCUUUCUUCAGCCAGGAGCGGCUGCUGUGGCCGCUGCGUCACGAGGCUCUCUCUUCACUGCAGCAAGACUUCUUCAACCAGAGAGCUAAACUGGCUGACAGUCUUCUGAGGGAGCUCCACAUUGGGCCUCAACUGCUCCAACUUAGCCAGCUGCCCCUCAUACCCUCCACUUUCGCAAGGGUGAGUGAUGGUAAGGAGCAGCAGAGAGAGACUACUAGCACAGAGCUGCACAAGGCGGCUCAGCAGGUCACAGAAAACAACGGUGACCUCCUGGUAACCCUAGACGCUCGGGGUUACGCUCCCAAUGACAUCACAGUCAAACUGGAGGGGCGGAGCCUGGCAGUGGUGGCCAUGAAGCAGGCCGGAGCAGAAGAAAGCCAGUCGUGCGCCUCCUCCUCCUCCUGCGCCGCCUUCUGCUCCUCGGCCUCGUCUCAGAUGGGAUUCUGUCAGAAGAUUGACCUGCCAGCUCACCUGGAUCUGUCUGGCCUCUCCUGUUCCCUGAUGGAUGAUGGACAGCUGCGUAUCCACGCCCCUGUCGCCAAGCAGCCAGCCAAUGAGGAGCAAGAGGUGCCCAUUCGGUUCAAGACAUCGCUGGAAUUUCCCAUUACAAAGGACAAGACAGAAGAGGAGCACAAAGACUAAUGCGCAGCAGACUCACACUCCACACAAACACACACGCUGAAUGAAAACAUAUGUUUAAAAUGUUUUUAUGCCCACACACAUACAAACUUCCACUUGACUGUCUUUAAUGAGUAAAGUUUACCAUUACAAAAUGAAGAGAAUAUUUAUUUUAUAAUUAUUUGCAAUUUGUAUAAACUGUUGAAAUAAAAUAAAGUGCCAC